GAAAGAAAAUCGCUGGAUAUGAACGGAGGAAACGAAGAACUGAAGGGCUACUCCAUCUUCACUCCUCCUGUCCUCCAGUAGAUCGACCUCCGUUCUUCGCUGCCGCGCUGCGACGCUGCCUCAGCCAGUCCAGCCUCCACCGCCCUCUAUUAGUCAGUACAACAGUACUCAGUAGAUUGAGUCAUUGACCGUCCUCGGUGGCUCGGUCAGUUGGUCCUCUGUCCUCACCAGUCAACACUUCACUAGCUGCGCGCUGCCUCACGCCCUCACCGUCCGACCGUCGAGCCUCAGUCGUCUUCGCUGCAUCAAAUCCAUCAAUGGAUGUCGACCUUGAGAAACUUGAAGAUAAAGACUAGCACUUGUAAGCGCCUUGUUAAAGAGCUAAACUCGUAUGAGAUAGAGGUCAAAAGAGAAGCUGCUAAAACAGCCGAGAUGAAGGAGAGAAGCGCUGAUCCUUAUGACCUUAAGCAACAGGAGAAUGUGUUGGCUGAAUCUAGGAUGAUGAUUCCUGACUGUCGCAAGCGCCUGGAGUCUGCACUGGCUGACUUGAAAGGAACGCUGGCGGAGCUGGAAGAGUCUGGCGAGAAAGAAGGACCAGAUAUCGAUGAUGCUCGAAGUACCAUUGCGGAUGUUGAGAAAGUGUUCGAAAGUGGAGAUGCAUAGUAAAAAAUUUGAAUCACAAAUUAAAUUCUAUCUAAUGUAAGAAGUUGUGCGGUCAGGAAAGAAGUCUGUUGAGGUUUUGUGGUGAAAUUGUAGAAAUUGCUGAAGCCGCCAGUUCUCAGGUGUGGAUGGUGCAGUUUAUAUAUUUUCAUUUAUUUUUAGCCAAUGACAUGAACUUCCUUGCUUUUCUGGCCUUUUGAAAACUGACUGAUCUUCUUAUUGACUUAGAAAAUCAAACUCAAUCAGUGGUUCUUAAUACUUUAUACUACGUAUUGAGUGAAUAAUUGAAAGUAAUUACCUUAGUUUGAUGUUGCAUAUCAAGAAAUUGUGUAAAACUUUUGAUCUUAAUGUUCCAUUCUGAUUUUUACUGAA